AUGUCAGAACUGGAAAAAACUUUCCUUCGAUUUGCUGCAUAUGGAAACACAGCUACUCACAGGAACACCAUGUCUAGGAAGAACUUCUACAAGAUGUUGAAGGAAUGUGAUGUGAUGGAUGGGAAAGUCAUGACCAGCACUGAUGUGCUCAUUGCCUUCAAUGAAGUCAAGUUUAAGGGGGCCAACCACAUUAACUAUAUUGAGUUUUUGCAAGCCAUUAAAUUGCUGAGCAGAAAGUGCUCUAAGGAACAAUCUCACGAGGAAGCCCUGCAGGCCAUAUUGAAGCUAAUGGAGGGGAAAAAGCCAUCCAACCUGGAGGAACAAGUGAGUGAAGGUUCCUUUGCACCAGGAGAGACAGCCUGA